AUGCCCGGCGUCGCGAACUUGCCCAUGCGGCAGAGUCUCGGCCUCAUUAAGUUCAUGGGCGAGCUGUUCAAGAUGCAGAUGCUUACAGAGCAUAUCAUGCACAAGUCCAUCAACGAACUUCUGGCCAACGUCGAAGACCCCGAAGAAGAGGAGAUCGAGGGGCUGUGUUUACUGUUGACCACUGUCGGCUUGCAAAUCGACACGCCGAAUGCCCGUCGUCACAUGGAUGGCUACUUCGCAUGUAUGAGAGGGCUUAUGAACAAGCCGAACGUCAAUCUGCGUAUGCGAACUAUGCUCCAGGACGUCAUUGAUCUUCGUGAUCACAAAUGGCUAGCUGACGAUGAAACUGCUGUUUCUGAUUCUGCUGCUACUACUCACAUGCAAGAUACAGUAAUCGCCGCAAGGGAAGAAUCAGGUUACUCGCACGUAUCUGAGGCGUUCUGUGGUGAGUUUCUAUGCAGCGGUCAUGGUUCCCACCUGUCGGAUGUCGAUGCCGAUGGCUGGUCCGAUGUCCGAGCCCCCACCCUUCCCAGUAUCCGUACGAUAUCGAGCUCGGAGGUGGAGGUGGGCGGUCCAUCCCCAUCCACCGAGGCCAGCGGAGUAGCAUUCGAAGCGGACAAGUCAGCAAACAUCCCUGCAAAGGAUCAGCAGCAGCAGGAGGCCCUGUCGUCAUGGGUACUCUCGAGCGUGGCUUCAGAGUCGAUGGACAGUCCCAAGUACGCGAUAGAGUAUGCUGCGGCAGAGUCCGAGUCAUCGCAAACCUACUGUCGCAAGGCAAGUGUGGGAGCUGCCCAUACAGUUGUACCGGAGGGAAAUUCUACGACCGCGGAGGAGCCGAGUCCCGGUAUCCGACGAAGACUCGGGCCCCCUCAAUCGGAUCUCGGAGCGCUGUCCAUAUUCGACGUUCAUACCCCCAAUGUCAACCGCCUCCGCAUGACGCCAAUGACUGAGCAGCUCAAGUUGCAGCUCAGCGACAACUUAAAGGGGUUCUUCGAAGUGCGGGACCUGGACGAGGGCGAGGCGUAUUGUCGCAAACUUUCGUCGAGGCACAGGUGGCGCCUCGUCGAUAUGCUUGUGUUAUACGCUGUCGUCUCCGCUAGGGCAGUGGAUGCGCGGCUCGUGGGUGACCUGUUCGCGCGUGCUGCAAAGCAGGACUUCAUCUCGCCAGAUGCUUUUGAUGACGGGUUUUCACCAACUCUAGAGAACCUUCACGUCUUCGCAUUGCAUACGCCGAAUGCUGCGAGCAUUCUUGCCGUUAUGUUAAAGAAGGCGCAGCUCGAUAGUGCACGACUGCACACUUUGAUCCGUAGAACCGCAGGCAGUGACUAUGAUAUGCUCGUCGGUCUCCUACUGUAAAUGUUACCUUGAAUGUCUUGUCACGAAACUUCGUAUCCCCGGGGCCGCCAAUGUUAUGAUUUGGGCUUCAAUUCUCA